AUGGAGUCUGUGCGGCUUGUGGAUGGAGCUGGUCUCUGCUCUGGGAGAGUGGAGGUGAAGUCCUAUCAGUCCUGGGCCUCAGUGUGUGAAGCUGACUUUGACCGGCAGGAUGCAGAGGUAGUCUGUAGGGAUGUUGGCUGUGGGGCUCCUGUAGCUCUACAGGGGGGGCUCUAUGGAGAAGGUGGGGGUCAGACCUGGGAUAAAGAGUUCCAGUGUAAAGGCAAAGAGUCCCUUCUCCUGGACUGUGACACCUCAGACAGAGAGAACAACACCUGCCUACCUGGUAAUGCUGUUGGACUCACCUGCUCAGAGCCUGAUGAUGUGAGGCUGGUGGGAGGAGGCAGUCGCUGUGCUGGUGGAGUGGAGUGGUACAACCAGGGAGAGUGGAGGACUGUGGGAGCUGAAGACUGGGAUGCAGCUGCAGUUGUGUGUAGACAGCUGGAGUCUGUGCGGCUUGUGGAUGGAGCUGGUCUCUGCUCUGGGAGAGUGGAGGUGAAGUCCAAUCAGUCCUGGGCCUCAGUGUGUGAAGCUGACUUUGACCGGCAGGAUGCAGAGGUAGUCUGUAGGGAGUUUGGCUGUGGGGCUCCUGCAGCUCUACAGGGGGGGCUCUAUGGAGAAGGUGGGGGUCAGACCUGGGAUAAAGAGUUCCAGUGUAAAGGCAAAGAGUCCCUUCUCCUGGACUGUGACACCUCAGACAGAAAAAACAACACCUGCCUACCUGGUAAUGCUGUUGGACUCACCUGCUCAGAGCCUGAUGAUGUGAGGCUGGUGGGAGGAGGCAGUCGCUGUGCUGGUGGAGUGGAGUGGUACGACCAGGGAGAGUGGAGGACUGUGGGAGCUGAUGACAGGGACCAGAGGGAUGUAGCUGCAGUAGUGUGUAGACAGCUGGGUUGUGGCUCCACAGUUUCAGUACUACCUGGAAACACCACUAGAGGGAAAAACAUUAUAUGUUCUGGAUCUGAGUCUGAGUGUGAUGGGUCUGUUUCUUCACUGAGGGAUUGUUAUAGAAUGUAUGAUCUACUUCCUGGACUCACAGUGAUCUGCUCAGAUCUCCUGGUCCAGCCUGAUAUCUUCCUGACUGACUCAAUGGGAGGGGUCUCCAGGGGUCACCAGGGGCCCGAGAUGUUCAGGGGCUACAACUUCACCAUCACCUGCUCCACUCAGCCACAGUACCCAGGAGGCUCCUUCCUCCUCACGUUCACCGGCUCCAACAGAACCCAGACCCAGCCAGCUGUCAAUCACUCUGCUGCCUUCCUCUUCCCUGCUGCAGAUGACUCCCACCAAGGGAACUACAGCUGUGUUUAUGAGAAUUAUGUUUUCUCUCAUAACUUCUCCUCUGAGAGUGAGCUCCUCUCCCUCACCAUCACAGCCUCUCCUCUGCCAGCCUUCAUCAUCAGACACGUUGUAGUGCUGCUGAUCCUACUGACAGCCAUCACCACCUCCUACCUGUACUACAAGCCCACCAGGAGGCAGAAGAGAGUGAACAGGGUGAGCAGCAUGGAUCUUUAUGUCAAUGCCAUGGAGAUGGUCUCUCUGAGCUCCAGAGCUGAAGCUGGACUGGGAGAGGAGAGAGCAGCCCAGGGGACGGAGUAGGAGUAGAAUGAAUCUGACCCUACAUGCUUGAGAAUUAGUUUAUUUUUCUAGAACCUUGGAAUAAAUCUAAAAGGAGUGAUUGAAAUUGAUUGAUAAAAUAAAUGCUUUUCUGCUUUUGUCUUCAUGUCUUUACCUUAUUUAUCUUAUUUAAUGUCUCUUAGAUUCUUUAUCUUAUUUAGUGUCUCUUAGAUUCUUUAUCUUAUUUAGUGUCUCUUAGAUUCUUUAUCUUGAAGUGUUUCCAUUAGUCCAUGUAUUAGCAGGACAUCUGGAACAAUAGGAGAGAAAAAUGGUUCAUUCUUUGUAUUUUGAAACAUUUUUUAAUAAAGGGGUCUUUUUCUCAA